AUUUGGUAACGUGGCGAAAACAAAGAAUUGAUAGUAAUGUUGAAUGAGGCAUUUCAUCAGGCUCACUGCUACGAAAGUAUAAAUAUCUAUAUUGCUAUGGAAACCAGAAAGUACUUCAUUGAUGUAAACAUCAAGUAAAUAUGAAUGCUGAGGUUGGACCAUAUAUCAAACCAUCCCACAUUUUGAGCUAGCUGAUUAUACGUGAAAUUUGACUACUAAAAUUAUUCAUGUGAGUCAACGUUUCAUAUAACUACAUACAAUAGUUUCUUUAUUGUGUGGUUCAUCUAAACAUACAAAAAUAAAAUGAAGAGUUUUGAGAACGCAGUGUACAUGAUGAAGGCUGAAGACAAACCGAUAAUAUUGCAAGAAUCCGCAGAACCUGGGGUGAUAGACCAAAAAAUGCUUGUGGCUUUAAUAAUUGACCAAGGGCCAAAAAAGGAGGCUGGACGAUUGUUUGUAGAGGAUGGAAUAAAUCUGGAGGAAGUGACAGAAAUUCGAAUUGAAUUUCUUAAUAUUUUAAAUAUAGACCAUCUAUGGUUAAUGCCAAACUUAGUGAAAUUGAAACUGAGCAACAAUAAAAUUGAAAGGAUUGUCAACUUGGACGUCCUGAUUAAUUUGAAAGAGCUUGACUUGUCCUUCAACCACAUUGAAACUAUGGAGAAUUUGAACCACCUGAAAUGUUUGGAAAUUUUAUUGCUGUAUGAGAAUCAAAUUAGUCUUAUUCAGGGAAUCGACGAUUUGAAUGAACUUACAAUCUUCAGUAUUGGAAAUAACAAUAUUGCCGAUUGGCAUCAUGUCAUGUAUUUACGAAAAUUCAAAAAAUUACGGAGUUUAAAUGUGUCUGGAAAUUCGUGCAUGGAACAAGAAGGAUAUUUAAACUAUUUGAUUGCCUUUAUACCACAAUUAAUCUACCUUCAGUACAAAAUGAUAACGGAUCAAGAACGCCAGGCUGCCACUGACGAACAUUAUCGAAUCAUCAGUAAUUUAUUGGAAGAAGAAGCUAAGGAACAAGAAAAGUUGGACAAGCAAGCAGCAUUUGAGGAAAACGUUGCAUUAUUAUCCAUAUCUUACGUGGAAUAUCUCGAUGACGACUACUUGUUCAAUAAAAUGUUUGAAAAAGACAAGGAAGGUAACGACUUCUUAACACUCAGCGAAGAUGCACGAUCUGCAUAUGCAGAGUAUAGAGUAAAGUUCAUGGAACUUUGCAAAGAUUUGUAUGAACUGGGGCUAGCUGAACAAAUCCGAAGGUCCAACGAAAUAAAGAUGUUUCAAGAUUUAGUCACUAAAGGUGAAGAUGAUAUUCAGAAAGAUUCCCAAAUAAUGAUGGAUGAAAUAAUGGAAAGAAAGGCUGAAAUCUUAGCAGAUGUAAAAGCACUUAUGCAAUCAAUGACUGAAGAGUUGGAGACUGAAGUUCUCGAGGAAAAAUUAGAGAAAGCUCGUCAGCUGUCCGAAGAGUUCAGUGACUUGGUAGCUAGAACCUGGACAAAGCUCAUGCACAAGGAAGUGAUUCUUCAUGACCAAAUGGAAGAUAUAAACGAAGUGUUUAAACAGCACAUAACAGAUAUGGUUGGAUCGUUCUUAGAAGCCGCCCAGAAUAUAUUCUCAUUAAUGAGAAAUCUGGAAGCCGAAUAUACAGACAACAUUGCUGGAAUAGCUAGUGUUGUUAUGAAUACAAGUCAGGCUACGGAAGAUAGUAAAAUGUCACCUAGUGUAACGGAAAUAAUCGGUGAUAAGGACAUCUUGAGUAACAAUUUAGCAGCAUCCCACGAUCUUCAUCUACAGAUCAUCGAUGGGCGUGAAGACCGUCUAACAAGUCGACUUAAUAGUUGGCUUGAAGGAAAGAUUGAAAAAUUGGAAGAGAAUGAAAGUAACCGAAACCGUCAGAAGAUACUAGAAAUUUCUCAUUUUCUUGAGUGCCAGCGGGAAGAAUUUGAUGCACUCCAAUUACAACAGCCGAUGUACGUCAACACUGAUAAUCCAGACAUUGCUGCAGUACUUGAGCAAUAGAACAUGAAGCAACUGAUUUCUUAUAAUUUUAUCCAUUUCUACUAUUUAUUAGUACCUGUUUCAGAUAUAACAUACUUGAAAAACUUCAUUGUAAAUAAAUUCAUACAAAAAAUAUUUUCAUUUCUUAUCUAAAUUUUACAGUAAAAAAAUUUAUUGUAUUCGCCAUACAUCGCAGUUCUGUGACAUGGGGGCUGGUACGGCGUGACAUAUUAUUGCUGUUAGCUUUAGUAGUUUCACUUCUUUUUCAAGCUCUGGAUGUACAUAUCCAAACCCUUUUGUACCUGAGGUUGCUCUAAGAAGCCAAUGAAUA